UGGAGAGCUAGGGGCGCAAAGCCGCCCUCGCUUUGAUCUGGAGCUCGACCAAGGAAAAGUGAGAAGUGGAGACUCAGAGACCUUUUCAGCAGGAAAGCCAACUCUCGGUCCUGGGCAGCCUUCAGUCCAGGAGCGCGCUCUUUGAAUCUUCAGGCCUUUUGGAAAGUUUAGAAACCCAACUAGGACGAGGAGGCCGUCCACCAGGGUUUUAUUAUUAGUUUUACAGGCUCUGCGAUGUUUUCCAAGAGUUUUGAAACGAGGACAGAAAAGCCACGAGACGAAAAUACAUGGUGCAGGGAGCCCACCGAAGCUCCCCAAACUGCGGGGCGCUGGGGUAAAGCUCCUUCUAGCAUGACUGAGAUCUGAUCAGCCACGCCGAGCAUCGACUUCCGUGUCUGGCACUGGGGUGCUGGGGCCUCUUCACCGGCCCAAACUACUGCACUGUCAUGGCGGCUGCCUCUACUUCCACCCCAGUAAUUUCACAGCCCCAGUUCACAGCCAUGAAUGAACCACAGUGCUUCUACAAUGAGUCCAUUGCCUUCUUUUAUAACCGGAGUGGGAAGUAUCUUGCCACCGAAUGGAACACAGUCAGCAAGCUGGUGAUGGGGCUUGGGAUCACUGUCUGUAUCUUUAUCAUGCUGGCCAACUUACUGGUCAUGGUGGCAAUCUACGUCAACCGCCGCUUCCAUUUCCCUAUUUAUUACUUGAUGGCCAACCUGGCUGCUGCAGAUUUCUUUGCUGGAUUGGCCUACUUCUAUCUGAUGUUCAACACAGGACCCAAUACUCGGAGACUGACUGUCAGCACAUGGCUCCUCCGGCAGGGCCUCAUCGACACCAGUCUGACAGCCUCAGUGGCCAACCUACUGGCUAUUGCAAUCGAGAGGCACAUCACUGUUUUCCGCAUGCAGCUCCAUACACGAAUGAGCAACCGGCGAGUGGUGGUGGUCAUUGUGGUCAUCUGGACUAUGGCCAUUGUUAUGGGUGCCAUACCCAGUGUUGGCUGGAACUGCAUCUGUGAUAUUGAUCAUUGUUCCAACAUGGCGCCCCUCUACAGUGACUCCUACUUAGUCUUCUGGGCCAUUUUCAACCUGGUGACCUUUGUGGUCAUGGUGGUUCUCUAUGCUCACAUCUUUGGCUAUGUUCGCCAGAGGACUAUGAGAAUGUCCCGGCAUAGUUCUGGACCCAGACGGAAUCGGGAUACCAUGAUGAGCCUUCUGAAGACCGUGGUCAUCGUGCUUGGUGCCUUCAUCGUCUGCUGGACUCCAGGACUUGUCUUGUUACUGCUGGACGUGUGCUGCCCCCAGUGUGACGUCCUGGCCUAUGAGAAGUUCUUCCUCCUCCUUGCUGAGUUCAACUCUGCCAUGAACCCCAUCAUCUACUCCUACCGCGACAAAGAGAUGAGCGCCACCUUCAGGCAGAUCCUGUGCUGCCAGCGCAGCGACAACCCCAAUGCCCCUGGGGAGGGCUCCGACCGCUCUGCCUCCUCCCUCAAUCACACCAUCCUGGCUGGAGUUCACAGCAAUGACCACUCGGUGGUUUAGAAAGGAAGCUGUGACCAGAAGCCAGGCAUUCUCCAUGGAGCUGUGAACAGCCUCCCUCGCACCCCAGGGUCAGGGCAAGUGGGGAGCGAGGAGAGGGAACUUUCGUACUUCAAAGCUAACCAAUGGCAGUGUUUGCCCCGGUGAGAACUGGUAGGGCCUGAGAAUUGGCUUAGGUGCAGCGCCUCCUCCUCCCCACUCCUUGGAAAGUAGAAAGUGGACUUCUUGCGAUGGAGAUCAGAAAUAGACUCCGGGAUGUCCGCGUAGGCUACACUAACUCGACUUAAAAGAUUUUGUGUGGUUUCGUAGAAGCCAGAAAAUAAUUAUGAUGAAUCGAGUCCACAACUUCAUUUAUACACAGGCUCCACCCCCCCCUUCUUUAAUCGUUCAAGGAUACAUUUCAUUUAAUAAGCAUGUUAAUGCCUAUGUGCAUGUUUGUGUUGGAAAAGACUGUUAAACUACCAUAAUUGCAUUUUUUUUGCCUUAUGGAGGAAAACUGUAAAUUAGAAUUUUUGUGUGUAGAAAGCAUGCAUGUGAUGUAUCUGCAUGGCAUGCUUUACUUUCAAAAGAUAAAAGGAUACUAAUUUUAUAACUUCUAGGAAAUCGAAGACUAGUUGUAAAAAUCAGUGUUCAUUUAGGCUAGGGAAUCAACAGUGCUCUAAUCACAACAUGACCUUUUUAUUAAAUAUUGUAACACAUAUAAAAAAUAGGGAGUUUAUCACCAAAAGAAUAUAUGCUCUGAAAACAUCAUAGACGAGCUUCCUCUUCUAUAAUGACAGUAGUACUGUCCCUGCACAUUUAAAUACCUAAGUGUAUUCUUCGUGCCAGUACAUCAGAAGAAAAACUUAAAAGCCUGUGGUUUUCUGAGUUACAAAAUAAUACAUACUUAUUGUAGAAAACUUGAAAAUUACAGAACUGUGUAAAAAAGAAAAAAAAGAUUAUCGCUAUUACAACCCAGAAGUAACCAUCUUUAACAGCUCCCCCAUGUAUGCUCUAUACAUAUAUUAUAUACUUUUGCAUGAUUGAGAUAUUAUGAAACAGUUUAUAACUGUUUUUACAUGGAAUUUCAAGGUUUCCCUAUGGCAUUAAAAUUUUUUUUUUUUUUACAAAAACAGUGUUAGUGGCUAUAUACUAUUCCAUUUAAUGGAUGAAACUCAGCUUAUUUAACCAUUGGCAUAUUGUUGACUAGGCUAUUUUGAAAUUUCAUUAUUAUAAAGUUGGAAGAAUCUUGUGUACAUAAAACCUUGCCCAUACCAUUGACUAUUUACUUAAGACCUAUUCCCAUGAAGGACUUACUUUUAAAAUGUGAAAUAUUUUCAUCUUUCACUUUUAUAAAAAGGGAUGUUCUACUUUCAAACUGCCUAUGUGGCAGUGCCAACGAAAGCUGGUGCAAUUACCUUUUUACAAAAGAAAUGAAGAAGUGGUUACUUCAGUUGAGAAUGACUUGUUAAUAACAAGAUGGAUUAGAAAUCACUGACUGCCACAAUAACCAAGAUGCCCUAAUGCAACUAGCAGUUUCACCUUGUGUUUUGAGGGACUGGUGAGCUCCCUCUUAGUAACCACUGCCGUCAGUAGUAUUGAAGAAAAUUCAGAGAAAUAAAACACAUGAAGUGACUAUAGGGUUGUACUAACCGGCCUGGGUGAGUGUGCCAGCAUGUGCCUUGUGAUCUGCAGGAAUCACCCAGUAAGCUCUCCAUGCUCAGAGAUGCCUGACACAUUGUCUGGGUGACUGGUGACUCUGUUGGUGUGCUCUAAGGAGCAACCAGGAAGAAAUACAGGUCUGAAGCAGGUGUGGGGAGGUCAGGGGGAUGUGUGCGAGAAGGCAGGCCUGAAGAGAGUGGCAUUCUAAGGAGGAGGAAGUCAGUGCGUGUUUAGUCAGAGGGUAGAUGUGGUAUGAAAUGUCUGUGGUAAAAACAAAGGUGGGAACCAGUUAGCAGACAGGAGGGUUUUCCCAUACAUAAUAUAGAAUAUUUUAUACUGGAAGCAGAUGAAAUGAACUUGGAUUUUUAUUGAUGUGCUUUUAUAGGGGAGACAUUGACUAUCUGAAAUGAAAAGCAUACUAAUUGGACCUUAAUAAAUCAUUCUCAAUCAGUGUUUGUAA